UCCUCGUCACUGUCACCGGGGCCUCUCGGGGGGGUGGGGUUUAACCCUCAGUCAGCAGCAGCAGCAACCUUGUGUUUCCUGUCCUUCAAACACCGUCAGUGCAGAGGGGAGGAACAUCUGAUAGUUACCCGAUUAUCACAGAUUAUCACCGGACAGAGCAGCAGCGGCGGACCGGUGAGUGAACACGAUUAUCUCUCUCAGCAGCUCUUCUUCUCUCUUCACCAUGGCUGAGACUCAGGGGAAAUUCGACUUCGCCAUCGACCGGGGGGGCACCUUCACCGAUGUGUUUGCCCGUCUGCCCGAUGGGAGCGAGAGAGUCCUGAAGCUGCUGUCCCGGGACCCCCAGAACUACAAAGACGCCCCAACAGAGGGGAUCCGCAGGGUCCUGGAGGAGGAAACGGGGCGGAUGUUCCCCCGCGAGCAGCCGGUGGACACCUCUCUGAUUGGCUGGAUCCGGAUGGGCACCACGGUGGCAACCAACGCUCUGCUGGAGAGAGAGGGGGAGCGCACGGCUCUGAUGGUCACACAGGGCUUCAAAGACCUGCUGCACAUCGGCACUCAGGCCAGACCCAAGCUGUUCGAUCUGGUGUGUAAUGCUUGAUGUUCUCCAUACA